GUUGUCAAAAUUUUCCAAUAUGGCGGAGUGUUGAAUUUUUUUUAGUGAGAAAAAUCAUAAAUGUAAAGAAAAAUCGGCAAAAAGGCGUGUUCGCGUGUGAAAAAUGGAGCCUCAGCUUGCUUUAGCCGGCCACGAGGAUUUCCCAUGCGAAUGUUUCCGGUAAUAAACGGCGUGUGUGCUUGAGAAAAAUAAAAAGACGGUGCAUCGCUGAAAAAUCUCGCACCACACUUUUUUUGGGGGAUUUUUUUAUGUGAAAAAAAGGGAUCGACGGAAAAUCCUCGCACACGCAUUUCCCACGGAAUUGGCCACUACAGCCACACAGCUAAACUUUUGCACUUGCCGCUUACAAAAGGGGAUUUCCCAGAGGAAACUCUUUCGGGUUUGUUUUCACCCCCAAAAAGCUUCUCAACAGCACCGUCUGUGGACAGUUUUAUUUUUCCUCAUUUUGCGAGAGCUUUUCCCGGGGGGCAGCAGCAGCUACACCGCCGCGAAUCCCGUUAGCAUAUUCACGUGCCACCGCAAGGAGUUUAUCACAGUGUGUGGGCUAAUAGCGCCCCCACAUCCGGCUGCAUCUGGACAGGGAGGAUUCAGGCAGGAAGGCUGAGUGUGUGUGCGGAGUGUGUGCAAACGGGGCCACCCACCAUUGAGCGUGUGGAGUAAAAUAUUGCUGAUAGUAGUGUAGAGAAGUGAUUGAAUAAUCACUGAUAAUUUGUGAAUGAAACAACAUUGAUUGUAAACUCUUUUUCAAUUGUACAAUCAUCUCCUAGCUCUUAAUAGUAGUAGUAGUAGUAGUACCUAUAGUUUGUGAGGAGCUCGCAUCCUUCACUCUCAAGAGCUCCCCACAAAAAAAAGAAACAACAUUCCGGACAAGGCCGGAGGAAAGUAAAAGAAAAAAAAAAGAAAAUAGUGUGCGUGAAAGAUAAAAGAAGAAGUGAAAAAAAAAGAUUAAUUUGUGUAGUGAAAAAGUAAGAGGAAAGAAUGUGGAAUAUGAUGUGCGACGUGAUGCCCACGAUAUCGGAGGAUAACAUCUCCCAGCGGUCCUCCCAGUUCAGCGGGGAGGAUGCCAAUUUUGAGCAAUUGAUGGUCUCCAUGCUCGAUGAGAGGGACAAGCUGAUGGACAGCCUCCGGGAGGCGCAGGAGCGUCUCAAUGAGAGUGAAGUUAAACUCACGGAGACUGAGAAGGAGCGAGAUAGCCUCCAGAGACAAAUUAAUGCCAAUCUGCCACAGGAAUUUGCCACCCUCACAAAAGAACUAACUCAGGCGAGGGAGACCUUACUGGAGAGAGAUGAAGAGAUUGCAGAACUAAAGGCCGAACGAAACAAUACGCGGCUUCUACUUGAGCAUUUGGAAUGUUUGGUGUCACGCCAUGAGCGUUCUCUGAGGAUGACGGUGGUGAAGAGACAAGCAGCAGCUCAAACGGGUGUCUCCAGUGAGGUGGAGGUACUAAAGGCACUAAAGAGUCUCUUUGAGCAUCACAAGGCGUUGGAUGAGAAGGUGCGGGAGCGUCUGAGGAUAGCAUUGGAGAAGAAUACGGCGCUCGAGGAGGAAUUAAAUUCAACUAAAGAUGAGAUUCAACAGUAUAAAUCUGGAGCCAUUCAUGUGGGUGAUGUUGGAAAGGAGAAUGGUGAUGGCGAUAAAUCGGGUAUUGGGCAGUCAGUGAAUGGAGAUGGGAGCGGUGGGGGUGGUGAUGUUCUAAGUACAGUUGAUUAUGUUGCAAAAACACACGAAUUGCAGACAAUAAUUGAGAAGCAAACGGCGGAAUUGUCUCAAUGGCAGCGUCGUGUGUCGGAUUUAAAUAAUAAAAUAAGCGAAAUGGAGGAGAAUCUUACGAAAGUUCAGAAGGAAUAUGCCAAAGCACAGGAUCAAUGUGCUAAAUUGCAACGUGAUUUGCGGGAGAAUGUAGCUCAAAAGGAAGAUCAGGAGGAGCGAAUUGCCACACUGGAAAAACGCUAUUUGAAUGCUCAAAGGGAAUCCACAUCCCUUCAUGAUUUGAAUGAAAAAUUGGAGCAAGAAUUGAGACAUAAAGAGGCACAAUUGAAGUUACACGAAGAAAAGAUAUCGGCUAUUCAGGAAAAAUUGGAACUUUCGGAACAGAAAUUGCAACAAAUGGCCAAAUUUCCGGAAAUGGAGGAACAAUUGAAGGCACGUAUGGAAGCGCUGACGCAGGUAGGAGCACAGGCACAGGAACGUCAUGGUUCAGCUGAGGAUCGUAUUCAGCGAUUAGAGGCGAAUUUGGAAGAGAAGAAUGCGGAGGUGAUGCGCCUCAAUCAGCGUUUGAAGAUGAAUGAGGAGCACAAUCAGCGCCUCUCGUCGACAGUCGAUAAGCUCCUUUCGGAGUCAAAUGAUCGCCUUCAGGUGCAUCUGAAGGAGCGUAUGCAUGCGCUCGAUGAGAAGAAUACGUUGACGCAGGAAUUGGAGAAGGCACGGAAGUUGGCGGAGGAAUUGCAUCAGGAGAAGACGGAUAUUCUGAAGGAGUUGUCAAAGACACGCCUUGAGAUUGAGAAUUUCAAACGGCAACUCCUGCAGCAGGAGAUUGCCUUUAAUAUACAGCAAACGGAGGCACUGACACGUAGCCUAUCACCUAGCAAUGUGGUUGAUCCGAAUUCAUUCUCACGGAGUGCUUCGCACACAUCCUUUGAGACACAUUCCCUGCGUCGGCAGAAGGUGCGCCUGGAUGAUGGGGAUCCAUUUGCAAGGUCGCUCGUUGAGCAGGAAUGGGGUAAAAUGCAACAGGGUCAUGUGCUGUCGAAUGUGCAACAACCGUUCGAUGUUCCGAGUGGGGUUGAGGGUGACGAUGCAGAAAGUCUCUUCAGUACGACCGAUAUGAUGUCACCCACUGGUCAUACAGAUGCUCAAACACUUGCAAUGAUGCUUCAGGAGCAGCUUGAUGCCAUAAAUAAUGAAAUAAGGCUUAUUCAGGAAGAAAAACAAUCAACAGAGGCACGUGCUGAGGAGCUUGAGUCUCGUGUUGGUAGUUUAGAACAUAUGAAUUUAUUAGCACGGGGACGUUCAAUGGAUCGCCAGAGUCCCCCAUUGAGUGGUCGUAGCACACCAAAUAGCCCCAAUAGAGAUUAUCUUCAUAAAUAUCAUACGCUUAAUCUUCCUGCAUUGUCGUCUGAUGUGUCACGAGAUGAGUUGCAUGGGAUGAGUAUGGGUGGUGAUUCGAGUUCCGGGGGUGCAGCUUCACCUCUAACAGCGAGAUCCCUUCGCCUAGAGCGUGUGGCUCAGGCUCUAGCUCAUAGUCAAGAAGAGUUGAGAAGGGUGGGAACAUCAAAUUUCGGCCCAUCGCCACUGAGUUCGAGGCAUGGAAGUCAGGAAUCUCUGCGACAUUUGAGUACAAUGGGCUCCAUGAGUAUGUUGCAGACACCAACAUCGGGCUCCAGGGAUGCCGUGGCGGCGGCUCAGAAGAAGAAAGGCAUCAAAUCGAGCCUUGGACGAUUUUUCAGCAAAAAAGAAAAGGUGAAAGGUGUAAAGGACUCUAUGCCUGAUGGGUCCACGAGUAUGAUGUCAAUGAGUGGACUAUCUGUGGCUAUGAGCGAUAUUGAUUCAAAUUACGACGUAAUGAGCAUAUCAGGUGGGAAAAUUGGUGGAAAAUCAUCCGCAGUUGACUACGGGAGGCAGAAGAAGAAGGAACAUGACUAUCGUCACGAUUUGCUGGGUGAAGCAAUGAAAGCCGGUACGCCAUUUGCUCUCUGGAAUGGACCAACAAUUGUGGCCUGGCUGGAGUUGUGGGUUGGUAUGCCAGCGUGGUAUGUGGCUGCGUGUAGGGCAAAUGUAAAAUCAGGAGCCAUCAUGAGUGCACUCAGUGACACAGAAAUUCAAAGGGAAAUAGGUAUAAGCAAUCCACUCCAUAGGCUGAAACUCCGUCUUGCCAUUCAGGAGAUGGUCUCACUAACUUCACCAUCAGCACCACAAACAACACGCACAACAUUGGCCUUUGGUGAUAUGAAUCAUGAAUGGAUUGGAAAUUAUUGGUUACCAAGUUUGGGUUUGCCGCAGUAUCGUACGACGUAUAUGGAAUGUUUGGUUGAUGCGCGAAUGUUGGAUCAUUUGACGAAGAAAGAUUUGCGCGGGCAACUGAAGAUGGUGGAUAGUUUUCACAGGACAAGCCUACAGUACGGGAUUUCGUGUCUGAAAAGGCUAAACUAUGAUCGGAAUCAACUUGAGGAGAGGCGAAAAGCAUCGGAGAAUAACUUGUCGGACGUUCUUGUGUGGAGCAAUGACAAAGUUAUUCGUUGGGUGUCGAAUAUUGGAUUGAAGGAAUAUGGCAAUAAUUUGUUAGAAUCUGGCGUUCAUGGGGCUCUCAUUGCUCUAGAUGAGAGCUUUGAUGCCAAUGCAAUGGCUCUAGCUCUGCAGAUUCCCACACAAAAUACCCAAGCCCGACAAACAUUAGAAAUGGAAUUCAAUAAUCUACUGCAAAUGUCGACGGAGAGAAGGCCUGAGACUGAACAACUCAAUAAAUCCUGAUCCAACGUCAGUCUUUCUAGUCUUAGUGAUGAAUGAAAAGAAGUAUUUAACUAAAAAACAAAAAGAAAAAAAGAAUAUUAAAUGAGAAAAAGGUAGGUUUUGUCAUGUAUUUAUAUGUUCUUUAAUUUUUUCUACCAAUUUAAAUGUAAAAAAAAAAUCUACAUAACUUGUCAAGUCAUUUGGAACCUAUACUUUUGUUUAUAAUAAACUAAUCUAUAUUAAAAAAAAAAACUUAUUAUAUAUAUGUAUUAAAAACUAUGUGUAAACAAAGAUGAGAAAAAAACCAAAAGAUGAAAGUGGGAAAGUAUUUUACUAGGAUAUUUUCCAAACUUAUAUUAAUAUAUACAGUAAAACAAAAUGAUUAAAAAAAAAUAUGAAAUUUUUCAUAUAAAAAAUAAAUAACAAAAAAAUGCUAAAAGUAAUUUAUAAAGGAAAUAUACACCGUGGGUCAUUCAGAUUAAAUAUAAAAGGCUUUUUCAUCCGUUUUUUUUUUUAACUUUUAUUUUCUAUUUCAUUUUUUUAUUAUUAUUGUUGGUUUUUUUUUAAGGAACUACAAGAAUAUAUACAAAAGUCUGAUUAAACAAUACGUUUUUACUGUAAAAUAGAAAACAAAGAAAAACAUUGCAUAGAUAAUAAAUUUUUCUUAAAUUUUUUGUAAUUUUUACACAAAGUUUUUAAAAAAGAAAAGUAAAUGAGAAGAAAAACCAGAGAUAAA